AGGUAAUUGAAAUCCUCAAGAAGUGUGCCGUCAAGAUAACAACAUCUAGCACUAAAGAAAGGAGAUAUAUUUGCGAAGAACUCCUCGCGCCCUGCAUUAAGAGAAAUGGUGAGUAAUACUCCUUUCUGAUACCAUGAUUUUACGGGCCAUUGUUCCUUGAAUUGUAUUAAUUUGAUAGAGUUUUAUCAUGGUGUAGAAUUGUUGUAAGAUCGCGUGCAUACGGUCAUUAAGUAAUACACAAACAGACGAUGUUGUUGUUAUGCGUUGGUUGUCACGUGGUCCUUAUGAAGGUAUUGCACCACCAAAAAUGAGGAAAGAAAUUUUCGAUUUUUUUAAAGGUGUGCUUCUCUCUUGUCUGAAAAACUAAUUUUUUCGUCAGUUCUAUCAAUUUAUUUAUUUAGUUUAAGUUAGUGUAAUAAAAAUGCAUAAGUUACCUGCAAAUAUUUUACAGUUGUUCAAGCAGGAGGUUGGGGGGGGGGGAGUUCGUUUUCCUGAGCGGAUGUCUUUCUAGUAGAUAAAUAUUUAUCUUUUGGAAAGGUCUGUCAAAAGUUUCAACAACUGAGCCUGUUUUAUAGUAAUGAAGGCCUACCACUGGCACCAGUUGUUCAAAAGUUGGAUAAUAUUAUCCAGUGGAUAGUGCAAUAAUAAUUGUUAUUGGUUUCCCCAACAGUUAUGCACUGGAUAGUGAUUUAUCUGGCCGUGGUUGUUCAAACGUUGGAUAGCACUAUCCACAGGAUAAAAAUCUAUCCAAUGGAUAGCGCAAUUGGUUUCCCUAAUACUUAUCCGUCGGAUAGUGAUUUAUCCGGUGGGUAGCGCUAUCCCAGCGCUACGAGAACAGUUGCCUUUUUAAAGACUGCAAUUUUUAUCAGCCUGAAAAAAUAUGUUGAGAGCCAUGUAUUUUCCCCAGCUUCUGCCUACUACCUACAUCCCUGAAAUUAGUCAAAUUUUAGUCUUGAUCUGAUAUAGAAAAGGACAGAGAUGUUAUGUAGAGGUGGCUAGGUGAUUAGGAUUUUCAAGGCAAGAUAUACUGUUAAUUUCUUCUAUUCUGUAGAUUUUUCUGAGGCUGGAGUGAAAGCAGUGAUCAAACUGAUUUACUUGACUUUGCACUGUUACAGGUAAUUGAUAUUCUUGUUGUUGCAAUAACUGGUUAGUCUUUGACUGCCAGUAAGGAAUAUGCUUAAUGACCACUAAUGGAUGAGGGGAAAACCUUAAUUAUACCUAAGGCAUAACAUGUCUAUGACAUUUUCCCAAAAAAAUCUCCAUAUGGCUUCCAUUAAAGCUAUGUCCUAGGGAAUGCCAUCUCCAUGCUGGAGUCAAUUUAAUAACACUUUUACAAGUGUAAUUUACAAGUGUAGCUUUUUUUUUCGGGCUCUUAAACAAUAGCUACACUUGUAAAUUACAGGUGUAAAAGUUUUAUUUUAUUGACCCCUAGGUAUAUAUAACCAGUAGUAACUUAACUCCUGCUUCUUACCAAGCCCUAGGAGUGGGUCCACAAAGCCUGCUGUAAUUAGGAUUAUCUUAAGAUUGUUUCUCAAUAACAGACUCUUGUUACAAGACAAUACUUUUAGGUGUAACUUAAUUUAGUAGGACUUUGUGAAUCCAACACUGAUGCAAUGGCAGAAGGUUGGGGGGGUAAAGACCUAAGGCCAAAAUCCUGCAUUUGAGAGGAUAAGAAUAGCUCUUCUCACUUUUGAAAAGAUAACCAUUUUAGUUGAGUGGAGCAAGCUUCUGACUGGAGUCAGAAAGAUAAUGCCCCUUUGUAAAGCUGCUUUCAAUUCGGAAAAUGAAUUUUAUUGCCUCCAAAUUAGCAAUCCACUUCCAGAAAAUCUUUAAUUUUGCCAUGAUUAUCAUAGUGAGCAAUGUACUCUACAAAGCUGUUUCUGAGAUUUUUGUUUAUCUUUUCCAGAGAUAACCAAUCAAGAAGAGCAGUUGAAGAGGUUCUUAGAUUGCUUGCAGAGAAAAAUGGUAAUAUCUUACAAAUGAAUUUCUUGAACACUCUCUGCUUUGCAUGGCAUUAAAACCAGAUACUCUGGCUAAAACAAUAAUUUAUUACAAUGGGGACGUCUACAUUUGUAGAAGAAGGUUUAAAGGCUGUUCACCAUUCAUUCAUUUGUAUCAAUCAAUGUUUGUCUUGCUCAAGAUUUCUUUUAAAUCAUUUCAAGUCUAUGAAAUUUCAUAUUCAUUUGUUUACUUCAACAAUAGACAGUUUCUUUCUAUAUUCAACUAUGUAUUGGGACCCUUACAAUCCAAAUAAGAAAAGACAGCAGCUGUUAAGUGUAUGUGUGGCCCUAUGCUGCUACUAUGUUGUACUUUGGUCCCUUGUUACAGGAGGAUAUACAGGGAUGUCCCCCCUGUACAAAGCCAAAUUCUCAUGGCCCAUUAGUGACUUUAUUGAUGGAGCUUUAUUGUAAAAUAAAUUUAAAGAAUUUAAUGUACUGUUUACUAUUGAAACAGGUGCAAGUGCUGUGAAGUAUUUUUGCCUGUCAUUCUCUGAUGUAGAAAAACAACUCACUUCUUCCCCCCAUAGGUAAGAAUCUGUUAUGGUUGAUGGAAACCUAUACAUGUGCUUCAGUUACAGACUGCAGAAGUGAUAUUCUUAUUCAUCAGUAAUCAUCUCAUUGGGUGGUGAUUUGUAUUAGCUCUGACUCCUACACCUAAUUCUUAACAGGAUGGGAACAGGGAGAAAUCCAUAUUACUAAACUAUGAUUAGUAAGAGAGCAUAAUCCCUUUGUUGAAGUCUCUCCUUUAAAUGACAACUGCCCCCUUACCUUUCCACCACAUAUUCAUGACAGCUUUAAUUUCAUCCUUCCUUCUCCACGACACCUUCCUCCUUCCUCUUAAGGACACCUUCUGCUUUUUGUCUCAUGACACCUUCCCCCUUCCCUCUCCAUGAUAACCUCUCCUUGUGUGCUCACCAUUUGCACAAACCACCUCGUUGAGUGAUCCUGUUGGAAAAGGACCCACCACACAGUGCAGACCAAAUUUUUGAAAUGUACUUUUUCAAUUGGGAUUUUCUCAAGUAAAUGAAGGGCACCCCUUCUCUCCUUAACUCCCCAAUACACCUUCCAACUUCACUGUCUUGAUGACACCUCCCUCUUUUCUUUCUAAUGACACCUUUCUGCUAUCCCCUUCAUGAUUCCUCCUUACCUCUCCAUAUCACCUUUCCUUUCUCUCCCUCUGUGCUGGCCACUUUCCCCUCUCUUCUUUUUUCGUCACCCUCAUGCCACCUUUCCUCUUUGCCCCUUCCAGGAUCACCACCUGAGGAAUAAAUCUGCUUAUCACAUUAUCUUUUACAAUCACUUGAUUUAUUAAAACAAUUAUAACAAUCCUUUUUUUCUCCUGGAUUAAACAUUGUAUUGACAUUUUGCUUGGAUUUUUCCUUAGUUAUGUGACCAGUGGAUCAAACUUGGUACCUCUGUGCUGGUCUUGUGUGCUAGUUCGACAUGUUUAUAACAACACCGACUUGUGUAAUGAUGCACAGUGGAAUAGGCUGGUUGCAGUACAGUGUCUGGUACUCUAUGGAGUUCUGUCUGCUGGGACAGCUCCUGUCUGUGCAUCUGCUAGGAAAAAGUUACACAAAGUUUGGAGGGAGGUAUGGUUCACACUAUUGAUUUGUGUCUACUGAUAUGUUAUCAGCUCAGUGACCUGAAGAAAGGGUAUGAUGUAUGAUGCCUCCUCCACAGGCUUCCCAAUGGCUUAGUCGGGGCACAGACUUACCAUAGGUAGAAACAAUCGAGAAGUGCUAGUGGGGAACAAUGGAAACAAGCACAGAGUGCAAGUGGGGAGUGACACUCCUUUCGCCUCCACCUUUGUUAAAUAUCCUCCAAAAAGUGAUUGCAAGUAACUGGGGACGAGGCCACUAGUGUCUGUGAUAUGGGUUCUAGCCUAGUUCUGUGGCAUACCAUCAACCCAUAAGAAAAUUGGGAGUUAGAUAAUUAUACACAAGUUUUAAGGUCUUCAUCGAUCAAUUCUGUGGUUAAAUACAUGAACCUGUGGAAUACUGGCUUUGCAGACCUUUUAUUUGCUGCAUCUUCAUGGCAUGGGAUAAAGAAUAACUUGUUCUGGCUGCAUGUUGAAGCAGCUUUGCUGAUACACUGUACCCACAAUCUGCCUUCCUACCAGGUGAUUUUCAUCUAACGAGGUCAAGAGAAAACUGAUUUAAUUUGUUGGCUUGCUCUGAGUAUCAUCAUAGCUUUCUUGUAGUUGCUAAAUGGUUAUUUUUGUUUCACACCUCCCGCUAUGCUUUUGGCGCAUAAAAGGGUCUUGCAAUUUCUUUCUUUUUCACAAUUCCAGGUUCCAGGAAUAACAUCCAAGUAUGCUGAAGCUAUCAGCAAUAUGCCAGCUUCUCAGGUAAAGAACUUCUGUGAAUACCCCACUCCAGAAACUAUAGGGAGAUUGGGUAUAAGCUUGCAGCGCAACGAUUUGUGGGAUCAUUUGGAUGGACAAGUGUUACUACUUCUAAUUGGUUAGUAGUUGCUGUGAUUACCAUCCACCAAUCAUAAGUAACACUUGUCCACCCAGACAAUGCCAGAAAUCAUUGCACUUAAAGCUUGUACCCAUUCCCCUUGUAGUUUCUGGAGUGGGGAAUUGCCCUGCCAUUAUUCUGGCUGAAUAUAUAUAGUUGCCUAAUUCAUUUUUGUUCCUCUUAACAUGAGUAAGUUGCCUUAUCUUCAUCUACAAUGUAUGACAGCUUUCUCAGAUUUCUAAGAAUCUCCAGAUAUGUCAAUGCAAGUCGAUCCCUUGAUCUUUCAUGCAAAUACCAUAUUGUGCAGAUGAAUGUGGCUUUACAACUUCCAACUGAUUUAAUUUUAAAAAGAGAAAUAACAUAAAUUUUUUAAUAAAAGUUAACUUACAUGUACCUUCUUUCAAUGUUGUAUUCCUCAUCUUUUAUUCACAUUUUAGCCCCUUUUUUGUAGAUCUAAAUGAUUUACAUGUAACAUCCCCAGAGUUUAAAUUUUGAUGCCAUACAAACCUUCAUAAUCCUCAAACCAACUGUUGUUUGUGAACCCAUACAAUCCUUCCAUUGUAGGUGUUUGUAACACAACACCUCAAACAUGUUGUUACGGUAUGUUUAUAUAAUUAUAGUCGCCUAUUGUAUGCUAAAUUGAGCUUGGGCUGCCUGUGAUGAGACCAACGCUCGACUCUGUCAAAUUAUUUGGGAACAGGUCAGUUGUGUGUGUACUGGAUCAGGGAUUCAGUGUAUAGCUUUUUCUUUAUUUUCAGGAGCUGGGUUGUUUGACUGGAUACCUCUUUAAUUUUUGCACAAAAAAUAAAGACAGUGAAACAAUAAGUAAAUUUAAGGUCAGUAUAAAAUAAUGUUUAUUGUACAAUCAGGUAAUAUGAUGUCAUCUGUCUAAUUUAUUAUUUUUUAUUUGUGAGACAAUAUUAUAUUUUUCUGAAUUAAGGAAUAAAAAAUGGAAAGAAAGAAUAAUUGUUCAAUUGAAUUAAUUAAUGAAUUUCCAGUAAUGAAUAAUUAUGUGAAUUAAUUAAUUAAUUAAUAAAUGACUGUCAAACUGAAUAAUGAUUGACUAGUCGACUGAAUGAGUGAGUAGAAGAAAGAAAGAAAGAAAUGAACUAGACAUUAAAUUUAAUUUAUAUUAUUUCUUAAUGAAUAAUUAAUGUCGUUCAUAAAAAAAUUAGAAAGGUGAGAAUCAUUAAAAAAUACUUCUGUGAUUAUGAUGAUGAUGAAUAUCUAAUAGUGUUUGCUCCUUAACUUCAAUUUACAGAAACCAUUCCUUGACAUGUAUAUUAAGGCUGUGAUUAAUAGCAAGACAAGACCCUCCAAUCAUGUUCUGGUAAGAGACAUGUUAUGAGAAUAAUAUUUUAAUAAAUUAAGUGUUAUGAUUAUGUGUAUGAGCAGUGUGUCUAAACCUACAAUGCAAUACUGACAUUAAUGUACAAUGUGCAAAGUACAGAUGUACAGUCAACCUUUUAUUAUAGCUGUCAGUGGCCUUCUAUUACAGCUGUAACUGGCCACUGACUAUUUAUUCAGUGGGAGCAGUUAUAUUAGAAUCCUUGGUGUCUGUUUUAAGAAUGUGUCCAUCUUUUAAAGGUGUCUGUUAAGAAAGAGGUGAUCAUAUUCAGUAACAGAGUAAAAUGAAGUGUUGCUAGCUGACUAUCAGUUUGAUAUCAAAGCAUAAAAAUCCCGUCCCCAUCAAUGAUACAGAAUUAAAAUAUUGAAGGGGUUAUGUCACUCUAUUUGCUAUCGUUUUAAAUUGUCUUCACAUCAGCUACGUUCCAAAAAUAUUUAUGGUCCAGUUUUGUUAGUAAUUUUAACCCUUUAAGUCCAAAUAGUAACCAACAUCAAUUUUCUUAUAACGAUACACAUAGAUUGUCAAGAGAUUAGGUUAUGAGAAUUAAUAAAAUGAUCACCUAAGAGAAAAUGCUUUGAUCUUUUAUCAAAUUCUCUCAACUCAUUCUUUAAAGAAAUAUAUAGAGAUCAGUUGGGAGAAUUUGUAUGUGGAUAUUAAGAUUUAACCCUUUAAAUCCUGAUAGUGACCAACAUCAAUUUUCUCCUAACAGUAUCCAGUAAUUGUCAAGAGAUACAGUUAUCAGAAUUAACAAAUGAUCAUAAAAGAGAAAAUACCUUGAUCUGUUAUUAAAUUCUCUCAACUGAUUCUUAAAGGAAAUGUAUGGAGAUCAGUUUGGAGAAUUUGUAUGUUGAUAUUGGGACUUAAAGGGUUAAAGGGUUAAGAAUUGAACCUGUUUCCUGUCGCCUGUUGCAAUGGAUAGGAACGGUGAACAUGGAUUGAAAGUUGAAAAAAUUGGGCCAACCUUUUCAAGUUUUAAUGAUACACCCACCAUGUAUGCCUGCAAAAAUCACCAAAAAUUUAUUAUUUUUCGUACUCUCUGAUGAAAUUUGUUUCAUACUGGUAUUGUCUUCGAUUCAUAACUCUACAGGCUGGGGCAUUUUUUGUGUGGGUACAGAAUUGACCUAAAACAGCAAUAUCUGAGUGACAUAGCGCCUUAAAUAUUAAUGAUUAUUUUGCAUUCUCUUGCCAGGUACACUUUGGUCCUUUGCUUUGUCAUGUGACACAUGAUGAUUUUAGCAGCUUGAUUUUACCAGCUGUACAGAAAGCUCUACUACGAAAUCCUGAAGUAGUUUUAGAAAGUAAGAAUGAGUGGUUUUAGAAAGUAAGAAUGACUGCAUAAACAGGGAGAGCGUGCGGCCUGGCUGAGACAUGGGAAAGGAAUGUGAGGCAUGGGAAGGGAGGUUGAGGCAUGGGAAGGGAGAGUGAGGUAUGGGAAGGGAGGCUGAAGCGUGGGAAGGGGAGGGUGAGGCAAGGGAAGGGAGGGUGAAGCAUGGGAAGGGAGGGUGAGGUAUGGAAAGGGGAGGGUGAGGUAUGGGAAGGGAGGGUGAAGCAUGGGAAGAGGAGGGUGAGGCAUGGGAAGAGGAGGGUGAGGUAUGGGUAGGGGAGUGUGAAGCGUGGGAAGGGGAGGGUGAGGUAUGGGAAGGGAGGGUGAGGCAUGCAAAGGGAGGUUGAGGCUUGGGAAGGGGGGGGUGAGGCAUAGAACGUCGGCUGAGGCAUGGGAAAGGAAUGAUAGGGGGCAAGGGGGUGAACCACCUCCUCAUUUUCCCCCUACUCCACCUAGCAGACUUGCAUGAAUAAAAGUGGAAGAGAUGAAGGAUAAGUGUUGUAUUUAAGCUUACUGGAAAAUCAGAAAACUGUGAAAACUAGAAAUACUUCUGGAAUGUGAUUGUGUUGUAAGGAAAAUGGGUAGUUUCUAGGUAUUUUAGAUGGGAAUAAUCACCAAAUGACAUAAUACAAAAGACUGAAAGGACACCGAACAAUACCCACACUAAAAGACAAAAGAAAACAAUAUAAUGGUGUCCACAACACCAAGAAAUACCUGGAAAAUGCCAAUCAGAUGUGAGAAAACUAGGCUGCAUACAAUGUUCAGUAGUGAUAAUAAGUUUGUGGCUUAUGCAUGAGUAAUGAUCUUUGUUAUGAUUACCCACAGUAGAAAAAAAUUUCUGAAAUACUUUGGGUGUUCAUGGUUUUCUGAGGUUGAUUACUAUAUGUGCCAACACCACAUGAAAAGGAAAAGAGCAAUAAAGGAAUUUGUCCUGUGUUUCUAAAAAAAAUUUUUUUCGGCUCAAAGGGAGCUGGAAAUCUAUUGAGAUUAGUCUGGAGAAUUUGUAUACAUGUGGGUUUGUAGGGCGUAAAGAGAUAAAGCUGAUUUUGUACAGGUUUGAAACUUUCAACUAUUGAGACCUUGCGCUGGUAAAAAUUAAUGACUGAAGUGAAUUUCACUCUUUGACUGUCAUAUGUUUUCCAUUUUAGGUGUUGCUUAUUUAAUUUCCUCAGUAUCUAUUGAUUUAUCCAAGUAUGCAUUGGACAUCUGCAAAAACACCAUUGGUAGGUUUACGUCACACUUUAGCAAGGAGGCAGUUUAGCCAUUCUGUUAGACAAUAAUUUAUUGUAUUGAAAACAUAUGUUUUUGUUUAAUUGAAGGCCAGUUACGGGCAAAAGAAGAACUGCACAGACAGGAAGCGACAUUGAUCUUAAAGAAUCUUGCACAUCAGUGCAGUGAUCCAGGGGCACUGGAAGAACUCAUCAACUUUGUUUUCAAUGUCCUUAACGGUGAGUGUAUCAAUCCAUAAUGAACAGUUAUUUUCUAUGUCUACUACUCAAGUUUAUUCAGAUGUUGGUGUAUUGGUUUUUGAUAAUAUUCUUAUAGAAUACUAUGUCUUGAUUUUCCCCUUUGUGUUUGUAUUUGUUAGGCUCAGAGGGUAAACUGACCCAGUGGAAUGAUAGAGUUGCUGUACUUCAAGGUAAGUUUAUUUUAUUUUAUUUUAUUUUUAUUUUAUUUAUUUGCCACACAGAAUAAAUUACAAGUAAAAUAGAAAAGAUAAUAAAUGGUUAAUUAAUUUUAAAUUUAAAAUGAACGUACAACUUAUAAGGAGUGAAUGUGGCCGGGAAAUCUCCGAGAAGCAAAGCUUAUGAGGAAUACAGAUUUCCCCCCACGGGCAAUUUAAAUACUAGACAGCAUUUAAAAAUAAAGAAAAAAGACGUGUAUUUUAAGGAUAUAAGUGUGCUUAGAGAAAAUUAUAGAUAAAAUUAUAGGGUGUGGUUUAAUGAAAUCUAUUUAUUGUAGUUUGCUGUACAUUUCAUGGCCAUUUCAUGCUCCCAUGACUUAGUCUCAUUCAGCAAUAUAGAGUUUUGUGGAUGACAGCAUGUUGAUUGAUUAAACUAGAAUCUUCAAUCUUUUAUUAUAUCCACCCUAUUGAUUGCACUUUCUAAUCUCUUAAAAUCUUCGUCUGCUUCAAAAUGAGAGUAGUGAUUACAAAAAAUUGAGAGCUUGGUCACCAAAAACUAUAUGCUUGCAUUGCAGGCUAGUCUAUUUUUCUUCUGUGCUCCUUGAUCCAUUCAAAGCAUUCCUUAAGCCACUGAAUGCAGGUUAAAUUUUCAGAGUCUGCUUUUGGUGGAUUAUUUCAGGUUUAAGAAGUCUGGAGCAGCACUCAGUCAGCGGAAGCUCUUCUGUUCAGAAACUUAGCCAACUAGUCGCAGAAAAGCUUGUGAAAUAUUUGGAACAGGAAGGUACAGUAUGAUUUACACAUAUGUGAAAUUACAAGAAUAUAAUGAUGGAUGACAUUGUGCACACUUCCCAAGACCGAGCCAGCUGGACGUGCCUCACAGUUGACUGCUCUUCAGCCAACUGCUGAUGAUAGUGAUAAUGAUGAUGAUGAUGAUGAUGAUGAUGAUGAUGAUGAUGGGUUUCUUUUAGUUCUUUUGAAAUAGUGUAAACACAGGAUCUAUACCCUUUAAGUGUUUCAAAACCACAUUUCUUGGUAUCUUUUGCUGUGCACAGAACAUCUUUAAGAGUCUGUCAUGAAGAAGUCUCCUGACUUAGACAAGGUGUCAGCUUUCAGGUACAAGCCUUGAAAAGGGUGUCAAAUUUCAGUUUCCUUUCCCUCAAAAAGGUUAAGGUUUGAGAACCUUUGUGGGUAAAAUAAUGAGAAGAAUCUCUUCUCUUAUUCCUCUUUUUUGUUUUACCAAUGGUACUUCACUGACAUACAAUAUAAUUUCACUGUCUAUUGUUGAACAUAGAUUUUUGUAUAUUUUCUUCAGUUCAUGAGGGAGCCCUUGUCCAAGGUUUGUCUGUGUUAAGUCAGUGGUGUGCACAUUUCUCGGCUGAGGUUCCCAAGGUACUGGUUAAUGCAUUUAAGGUGAGACAUGUCAUCCUCUUUUCUUUUUUUGGAACAUUUUUACAUUUCUGGGAAACUACCCACCUACCCAUCCCCUAAGCCAACAUUAAUACUUACAUCUCACUCAAAGCAAAAUAUUGCCUUAGGGAGGAGUAGGUGGGCAGUUUCCCAGGAAUGUAUGAUGAUCCCUUUUUUGUUUCAUCUCUCUUUUUUUUUUCAUCCUUUUUUUCAUUCCUAUAUUUUCCAUUGUAUUAUUAUUAUUAUUAUUAUUAUUAUUAUUAUUAUUUGUCAUUAGUUCUUAAUUUGAUGAAUUAGGUUUAAUUAAUAUAAUUAACUUCUCUGUGUCUGAAAGCAAAGAUUUGGAAAAACGUUAAGUAUUAAAUGGUGAUAAUGUCAUGAAGUUCUGCCAUAGAUGCAAUGAUGUUGCUGAAACAUGUUACAUGUAUUUAAAAGUGCUAGGUCAGUUGUCAGUUAUGACACAUGCACGUAGCUUAAUUUUGAGUAAAUUUUAUUCAUCUAUUUUCUUCUAUUUUUGACUUUUACUGCAAUUAGUUUUUCAAUAAAGUGUUUGUAUUUGAUCCUACGUCUAUUUUUUUCAUAUUAGGGUGUAUUUUAUGGAUCUUAAUUAUUGCUUAUACUUCCACAGAAAAGAAUGACCAACAAGAAUUCCACUACAGCAGUACGCACUGCAUACCUACACUGUAUGGCUGGGGCCUUUCAAGGUAUUUUUUUUUUGCGGUUGAAACUACCUUAUUACUGACAAAAUUUAAACAAAAACACUUUGCUAAAACAAACUUCCUAGUUUCUGUCACUCUUACUGAUUUCAUUUAAUUAUGAACAAGAACAUUAUAACCACCUUACUGAAGACAUAACAUUAACUUCACUAGGCUUUGUGAGAAUAAUGACAUUUUUUCUCUGUAAGACCAAGAGAAUUUAAAAAACAUACAUCAAACAUGUGAUUUUUCUAUGCUUAUCCUCACAUUUUUCUGGUGCAAUCAGGAGUCUGCAACUCAAAAAUGCUGAUUACAUUAAAAUAACAUUUCCUACAAUGCAGGUAACACACUUCUCCAAGCAAUGGAUAUCCUACCCCAGCUGCUGCAGGUAAGAAUGUUCACACUUUUUAAACACCCUGAUAUCCAGAUUCAAAUUCACCAAACAGAUCACUAUACAUUUCUUUAAUCCUUUAAGCCCCAAUAUCCAGAUACAAAUUCUCCAAACUGAUCUCUAUACAUUUCCUUAAAGAAUGAGUUGAGAGAAUUUGACAAAAGAUCAAAGCAUUUUCUCUUAGGUGAUCAUUUUAUUAAUUCUCAUAGCCUAGUCUCUUGACAAUGUAUGGAUAUCAUUGGGAGAAAAUUGAUGUUGGUCACUAUUGGGACUUAAAGGGUUAAAGAGUUCAGUGAGAGAAUUUGACUAAAGAUCAAAGCAUUUUCUUUUGGUGAUCAUUUUAUCAAUUCUCAUAACCUUUUCUCUUGAUUAUGUAUUGAUUUGGUUAGGAGAAAAUUGAGGCUGGUCACUCUCAAGAAUUUAAGUCUUUAAAGGUGAUGUUACAUGAAAUGAUUCCCAAUGACGAUUUUUAGUGCAACACACUGAGCAUUAAAACAUAGUUGUGACAUUGUUUCGAAUGGUUGCAACAUCGUUCCAAUGUUGCUACGCUGUGUUGUGCUUAAAAUCAUCAUUGCAAAAUAAUUAUCUUGUGUAACAUCACCUUAAAAAGGGUCAAACAUCACCGAUUUUGUUAAACAAACAAAAACACACAGGCAAAAAUAUGGAUUGGGUUUUCCUGACGUGACAAAUCAUAACAAGCUUUACUUUGACUAUUGUGCACAUUUAAAACCUUGAUGUGAAUAGCAUAGUUCAAGUUUAAGGGAAGGAAAAUCUAAGGACUAAAAGUUUGGAAUUCUUUACCAAAUGAUAUUACUCGCAAGUUUCCAAAUGUUCUGUUUUUAAAAGAAGACUAUAGAACUUUUUCCCUUUCAGUGAGGAGGCGUUUCUUGUAUAAGCUUACUGGUUUCUGAAGGCACUUCACCAUUUCUACUGUCUUGCUAAAUUUCCUGUGAAAAGUCCUAAUUUUUUGUAAAUAUUAUAUUUCUUUCUUGUGUGGGGAAAUAAAUGAGUAUUGGGCACCCUUGGUUUAAUAAAGCUCCUACUCCCUUUUUCGCUUUCAAAAAAGCCGCUGUACUGGUUGCUUUGUGACCGAUCUUGAGGUAUUUAUCUGAUCUUUUUAGACUAUUGAGAAAGCUAGCAGCCAGCCAAAUCAGGCAUCUAUUGUAACAGAAGGAUUGGUAGCAGCUUCCAUUCUUGUCAGAUUAUCACUAGCAGAUGUGCAAGCAGGUAAAGUGAUGGCCUGAAAAUAGGAACAUUGGUUAAGGGCAAUGUAGGAAACUUUUAGAACUUCAUAGGACACAAAAAUAUCUGCUUUCUACUGGUAGUAAUAAUUGUGCACUUCAGGGAUAGUCAUAGACUUACACUGUACUUACAUGUACUUACUUCCGCCCUGGUGACAAUUAUCUGGAGGCAGUUCUUGCAUUUAAUAGACAACAAAAGGAUAAUGAUAAUGUUAAAAUGUUAUUAUUAUUUUUGUUAAAAUGCAGUUAUUCACGGUAAGUCUAGCAGCAUUAUCUAGUGCAGGAUUACAGAAAUCUUAAAUAUACAUGAAUUUAACUGUUUUUGCUGAAUAGAUCCAUUUUGAUAGUUUUCAUACACUGAUAAUCCUAAUCCAUUUUAUCUGAGUAAACUCAGUUCUAUGAGUUUUUCUUUUAGAAUCCAAACUUGGCUCAUUUUGGACAACAUUUCUUGAUGCAAAGAAGCAGCUGUUUGUUUCUGAGAAGUUAUUGAACUCUGCAACUGAUGAAGGUACCUCUUAUCAUAGUAUUCUGAUAUCAUGCCUCUUCAACGCACUGCAAUUUCAACUCAUAGUAAUAUUAUUAAUGACUCUUUUUUCUGGAAAUGGUCACCCUUGGUCCUCCUUGUUGUCAGUCAUUAGGUUAUGUGAAUAAAAGAACUGUUUACCAAACAUGAUUUAAAAAAUUAUUUAACUAUAUUUUCAACAGCGUUACUGACCAUGGUUUCCAUCAUUGAGAAGCUUAUCAUCAGCCACGGACAAAGACUUAACAAGUCGAACAGCCAGUAAGAUUUAUUGGAUCAUUAUAUGUUUCUGGGAAACUGCCCACCUACCCCUCCCCUAAGCCAACAUAAACACUUAUUUCUCAUCUAGGGCAAAAUGUCGGCUUAGGGGAGGAGUAGGUGGGCAGUAUCCCAGAAACAUCCCAUUUAUCUAUGAACUAGUCAGGCCUUACUCCGCCCGGGAGGAGCACUACCCUGGGUACCAGAGGUUUUUUCUCCAGGAGCCUCGUCGGCGGACACGCCUUCGACCAAAGGCCGAAGACACGAGCGGUGAAGACGCGAGAAAAAGACUUAACCAAAACCGGAAACCACACAUGAAAAGCCUCUGGCACCCAGGCUAGGGGAGUACAGGCUCAUUUCCCAAACAGCAGCUGGUAAUAUAAUUAAAGAAUAGUUAAUCCAGCAUUGAUCAGCUUUUAUCUCUCCUAAAAACAUCCUUAAAUAAUUAGCUGUUAAGAGAAAUUAAGAGAGCAAAUUAAUCCGUCUUGAAUAUAAGUGUUGGUGGCACUUAUUGACAUUUGGACGACUUUUUCAAAAAUUAGCUUCCCUUCGACCUUGAUGCUGACUUAUGACUCCAACCCCCAAAGAUGACACAAGACUUCUCGGUGCAAACCGUGUGCACGAAAAAAAAAAUGAAUCCACAAAUAGCAAAUAACACUUACCAUAAGUUUCAGUACCAAUGGAAGAUGUUUUGAAUUUAGAAAAUAUUUAUCCUUACCAGAGGCGGAUCCCGGGAAGGACCAAACUGAGGCCUGAAGGGAAGGCCCCCCCCCCCCCUUUUAUCUCAGGGUCUGGAUGACUGCACCCUCCCCCCCCCCUUAUUUGAAGGUCUGGAACCACCACUGCUUACCUUGUUCUUACUGUUUAUUUUAGGCCAUGGUACAGAGCUUUGCUGUUUCUUCUGACCCAUUCUAGUUGGAAAAUCAGGCAAAAUACACAGUCGUGUGUCCAGCGCCUGUUCAACAGCUUAGGAGAAAGUGCUGUUGAACUUCAGUCUUCAUUACUGACAGAGUUUUCUAAGCUUCUUUCUACACAGAAGGUGAGCAAGGCUUGAAUCUUCUUGCAUUUCUCAUUUCCAGAUAACGGUAUUUAUGGUCUUUCAACAUGGAUUUUUUGAACUUUUUGGUUAUUUAAAGGGUUACAACGUUUGCCCAACAUUUGUUCAACAGAGCUUGAAUUGAUGUUGAAGUAAUGUAGGGUAACUGUUUAAAUCAAUUUGAAUUUGUUUCCAGCAACACGGUUCGUAGUUAACGAAGUGGAAUGGUUGUGAAACCUGACCGAUUGCUUUGUUAUAUGUUUUUUUUAUUUUUUUAUUUUUUUGGACUUGACCACACACAGCGUUAAAUAGUAUUCCUAUCACUUUUAACUUAAUAACCAAUAGAAACAGCGUAUUAAUUCAGUCAGUCACAAUUUGUGAACCAAAAUAAAGGAUUGUUCACGGUCAGGGAGCUUCCAUCAUACAUGUAAACCGCAGCACUGUUGUUUUGAUCUUUGAUUUUUGCCGGCUUUUAUAACCAGUUUCCUCUACUAACAACCAUUGUGGGCAGUUUUAGUGAAGAUCUCAUGUCUUUUCAACGAGUUCUGCAAUGUUAGGGAUAUUUUGAAACUUUCAUGAAGUUUGGCUCCUCAAAUAUGGAAUAAGUUAAAUGGCUAAACAAAUUUUGACGUGAAUUUUACGAGUCUCAAAACUUGUCUUAACGAAUUAAAUUAAUAGUUUUCAUCACUACAAGCACUGCUAUACCUUCUUUUGACAUGGUCUUCAAUGUCAGAAUUAUAAAACAUUUGACUACCAACUAAAUUAAUUAUUGUCAGCUUUUCAAGUGUUUAAAAUAAUUGUUUUAUGUCCGUCAGCCUUCGGCCCAAGACAGUUCCGUUCCUCUAGUAAAUGGAGAUACACCACAGGGCAACCCAACUGAAGUCAGCCACAGGAUCCUUACAUCAGCUCUCCAAUGUUUGAUCCAUGCUGUUGUGAACAGCAACCCAGACCUUCCUGCCGAAACUAAAGACAAGAUUGCACUGCAGGUCCUCUUGGAUGCACACCAUCCUCUUAUAUGUAAGCGUAUCUGAUGCUGCUUUUAGCCUAUGUUAUUUAACAUUCGGUAAUGUAACCUGGUAUGUUUCCUUCCAUCUUCAGAAACGUCCGAGUAUUCAACAAUGAUAAUGUUUCGAAGUGGAAUGUGAAGAACCACACAUAUUUUAACGUGUUGUUUCUGGUCACUUUGCAAAGCGCUUUUUAGAUUUUAUAUGGGGGGGGGGGAGUAGUUCGUGCCCCCAUACAAACGUCUGAGUGUACAAUUUCCGACUGUGUGGAGCACUAUCUCUUCUCGCUUUUAACGCGUGUCCUCUAAACUUAUUAAGUUUCUUAAUUUUAAGGCGUUCUCUCCGGCAACGUCAAUGAAUAUUCACUUACUGGUCUUUAUCAAAACUUGAAAAAAAAAACGUGGAUGGGUUUAUACUUAAAUGUGAUACCGUAUAUUUUUUGCACUUAUGUCUAAGACUUUGAUCUUUUACUUCUUUUGCUUUAAGUUACCUGUAAAGAGAAUUUAUGGAUCAGGAUUAUGUACAGUAUGGAUGUUGAAGUAGGCAGCUUUGUUGAUCGUCAUGUGGACACCAUUAUUGACGUGAUUGUGUCCGACAGCAACUCAAAAGAGGUAGGGGUUGUAGGUUAACCACCAACAACAACGGAAAACUCAUUAACUGAUCUGGUAGGCUUUAUCUAUGCCAGUCAUUUAAUGGAAACUUUCAAGGCUUAUUAGAAAUAAUUAUAAAAAUUACUAUUUUUGUGGAGUUAACAAAGUGUCUUCAUUCGUUCAGCAGUGCUAUGCAUGGCGUUUCUGCUUUUUAAAACGAAAGCUGAUUACAUUACUUGCGGCUGCCAGGCCGCCAUCUUGAAAUCCACUUAAAGAAUUAAGGGAGGAGGACCGACCAGCCUUCUUCCUCUAUUUAAAACCUAUCAUUCUCUCCCUUGGAAAAAUUUUUGACUCGCCAACUCUCUGACAGUUUGCCAAAGAAUAAAAACAAUUUUCACUAUCAGAACAAUACGCUAAAGAAAUAAUUAAAUUAUUACAGCAUCAUAAAGCAGUAUUUUGAUGAGUCUGGUUUCCUCUUAGUUGCUAUUCGUUUUUAUUGUAAAUGGCCAUCGUUUAGUAUAAAAACGACAAAUAAGACAGAUACAUUUAUCGCCUGAUGACUGGUUAACAUAUUCAGUUAAGAGCGUCGUUCAGACAAUAAUAGUUUCAACACCCCAAGAAAUACUAAAAGCUUCACACAGAGAUUUGUCAUCUAGUCUUCUCAGAAUGUUCUCAAAACCAUGGCAAAACUUGCUCCGGAAGUUAUUUUACCCAGAGUUGUGAAGCACAGCAUGGUAUGCUUAAGCAAACCAGCCUACUACACAGUAACAAUGGAGGAGUUUGCUAUCAUGAACACGCCAGAGGGUGAGAUCUACAACACAAGUCUGCUUCAAAGGUUGGUUCAUGAGCUAGUCUGAGAUGGCGUGAGAGACGAAAAUCCUUAAAUAAGAAUGACCGAGACCAGGUUUUAUGAGCCCGCGAGACUGAGCACCCUACCCAAACCCUUGUUUUCACUAAAACUGCUGGACGGCGACCUGGUUGAGGUCAUUGUUAUCUAAGGUCUUCCGUGAGAGACUGGGUUGGUGCUGUGUGGAAUUGCAUUGUGGGGCUGUUUUCGGGCGCUAUUAGCUAUUACGAGGUUGAGAAGGGAACUGGGUAAAAUUCGUUUACCCAAAACUAUCCCAUACUGCAAUUUGACACAAAAUCGGCCCAGUCUCUUGCGCAACUCCUAAUAAAUUGUAAUUCAUCAUCUACUGGAGAUCUUUAGGUUCUAAGACCAUGUACCCUUAAAGACCCUCAUUUAAGUUUAAGCUCCACGUAUACGGCAAACGGCAAACGCUAGACUCAAGUUGAGAAUUUCUCAAAAUAGAAAAUGAGCUGAUAAAAACAGCUCAGACAGUUCUUAUGCAUAAAAAAUUGCGUGAAACUACUAAUGUGUGAGUGGAAAUAAUGAACAGUAGGCGACAAGUAAAGGAUAAACUUGGUCACGUGGUACAAAUUCACGUUUGCCGUUUGACGUAAAUGUGAUGCUUAACCUCUGUAGUAUUGCAAAAAAGGGUUUGUCUCGCUUCGUUGAGCGGUAUUCAUCAUUUAGUUACUUACUUAAUAAUAAUAUACAUUUUUGUUCUGUUUUGCUAGCGCCAAGGUAGCAGAGGCGGGAAAGCGACAAAACUUGAAAAAAGAGUCCAAAGCUUAUUCUUAUGAAGACCAAAUCUGGGAAAUGGAAGUCCGUGAGGUAACGUUGUCAACAGAUUUCUAAGCUACUAGAUUCCAAUGAAUGGACUGUCUCACAAUUGCUCAUUUCAGAAUCUCUACGCGGAAUGGGUAUGAGCUUUGGUUGCAGUGAUUUAUGGGAUCGUUUGGGUGGACAAGCGUCAGUUAUGAUUGGCCCAUGACAUUCAAUGCAACCAUUAAUCAAUCAUAAGUAUUGCUUGUUCACACAAUCGAUCCCAGAACUUACUGCGCUGAAGGCUUGUACCCAUUCUGCCCAUUCCCGUUAUAGUUUCUGGAAUGAGAAAUUGAGACUACCUUGCACUCUGAUGUCACCAAUAAGUACUCUGCAAGCGCGAACGCCCUUUUUUCUUUCCAGCCCCAGGCUUUACGCGGAAGGGAACUACAAUCGGCGACAAAAUUGUUGAGACAUUGUACUCAAAUAGGGUUACUUCAGAGAACAAAAGAAUCUACACCCCUCCCCCCUCCCCUCCAUUCACAGUUGGGGUGUUUGUUGUUUUUUAUAGGUAAUUUGAACAGUGGCACAACAUUGCGUGGAGGGGGUGGGUGAGGAAAAGCUUUAUUUUCCCCUUUAAAAUUCAAUAAAGUGUGUCAACUAAUUUUGUCGCCGAUUGUAGUUUUAGGUUUGGCGCGGUAAACGUAAUAAUUUAUGAAUGGGCGCUUAGUUACUAGCUAAAUUAACAUCUUUGUCUUAUUGUAACGAACGGAAUAAUUCUGCCAAUAAACCAACUAGAGACGGGCUAGUGCGUAGCAAUAUACUUUAUUCAAUCUUUAUGUUUUUUGCCUAUCGAAGUUUACGCAUUUUCACAGGAAAUUUUACCAUUUUUCUUGUUUAAAAGAAAGGGUACAUCCGAACAAAAGUAUGUCCAAUUUUUAAAGAGAAUACGCUCUUGAAUAUCGUCACAGCUUCUACGAUAUGGCAACAAUACGACCAAGUGAAUUAUACCUGUUUUGUAGCUUGUCAUGGAAACUGGCUUGUGUUGCGAAGGCUUUACCUCAGAUUGAAACCAAGCCUGUUUUGAUGCGCCGUUAGUUUUUGUAUUCAGCGGCAGUGUUUAUUGUAGCCUGCAGAACUGGCGAGCAAAGGCAAGCGCGAAGCGAGUAAAGAGCGCCAGACACGCGCAACGGGGGAAGGCGCAGACGCACGUGUCUCGCGCUCCACGCCCGCUUCGUGCUUCGUUCGCCCGAAAAAAAAGGCGAAAAAGCGCCUGUCCGCAGGCGAUGUUUAUCAUGAAAAGAAAGUUAUUGAAAACUGAUUUGUAUGAGGGUGUUUUUUUUAGUCACUGAAAAAGAAGAAGAAAGCUGAGGGGAAGUUAUCAGAGAAGGAAGAAAUGAGCCAAAAGGAGAAAGAAAUCUUUGAAGCUCAGUUAAUGAAGGAAGCAGAAAUCAGAGACAGAUUAAAAGAGGCAAGUUCUCCGCGUUUUUCUGUUUGUUUAUUUUUUUAAAGGGGCCAUGUCGCGCAGAUAUUGCUGUUUUAGAGACGGAUCAUUAUUUUUUUGACGGAGGACGGGGGGUUGGAAAAUUUUUACAUGCAAACAUUUUUUUAAAUGUGUCUCCGUCUUCCUGCAAACACUUUAUUUUUUACUUGCAUACAAUUUAUUUCAGUGUUUACAGCCUCUGCAAACAAUUUAUUCCAAAAUUUUCUACCCUCCCACCCCCUGUCAAAAAAAUAAUGGUCCGUCCCUUAGGGCACCUCUGUGCUUAAGUCACUACUUAAUGUCUAGAAAACAACAAGUUUGUUCUGUUUGUCUGUUUUGCUAAAUUAGUAUCCCGUUAAUCUAAACUAUCAAAUAGACGCAAAACUGCGAGGAGUGGUGAUGAAUAAUAUUCAUUGUGAGUAGUGAUUGACAGGGGCUUCUCGGGAAAAAAAAUAAAACUCUGAGUGCCUGAGUCACUAUGGCCUGCGUCGCAGACGUAAUUUAGCCCCAGUUAGUGACGUCUGUGAAACAGCGCCGCGAUCCUUGUUAUGGGCCUCAAAUGGACUCAACGAAUGAAUAGACUCGACUCCGGAAGUGCGUUUCUAAUUUCCCUUCAACCUGAUUGGCAAAUUGGCAAUGGUUUUUUUAGCAAUAAUAAUAAUAAUAAUAAUAGUAAUAAAGAACAGGAAAAAAUCGAAAAAUACCUAGACUUUAAAAAAGAGCUGAAGCGUCUGUGGAAUUGUAAAGAAGUUGUGCUUGUAUCGAUCGUCAUUGGUGCCCUCGGAACAGUCAGUAAAAGAUUCCACCUUUAUCUAACGAAAGCGGGACUCGACGGAAGUAUUCUACCAUUACAAAAAGCUUAUUUACUGGGAACAGCAAAGGAUUGUAAGAGAGGUUAUAAGGAAGUGUAAAAGCAAUUCACGGGGUGGGGGACAGAGGUGGUUGAAAUGUUGAUAACACAAGAAUGUGAACAGUUCUUUUCAUGGUAUGAUUCCUUUCACAGCUACACACUGAAGUUGUCCAAGUAGGAUUGUUGCUGGAGGUAGCAAUAACUUCAAACCCUAAAUCCAUGCGUCAGUAUAUUCCUACUCUCCUCCCCACCCUGUUACCCCUACUGCAGUCCCCCCUGACGGCCAGUGUGGUCACGCCUGUGAUUUUGAAGCUUGGGAAAAGUGCUUUGGAUGAUGAGCAAAAAUACCUUGGUGAGCACAGUUUUAUGUUGUGACACAGUUUUAUCCUUGGUUUAAGUUUUCGUUUUCUUUGUUGUGGGGGUAUGGUAGUGAGGACAAUGGAGAUUGAACCAAGGAUUAAAUUGAAUCACAUCAUAAGCAUUGUCUACAGUACUAUUCUCAUUUGAUUUGUAAUUAUUCAGUUUCUUGUGUGCCCUGGGCCAGCCACGAGGGGCGUCUUUUUUUGCGCGACAGUCCUGUAUUCCCCCAAUUGGAGAGCUUUCUCGAAGGCCUUAGAAAAAAUUAAUGUUUGGGAUUUCUUUGGAUAUUAGCGUAAGAUAUGCAACAGGACUAUUUUGCCAAACGUUCUAUUUUUGGUUAUCUGUCUUUUUUUUUCAGGUGAACUCGUUGGAUAUGUAACGUUAAGACUUCUCAAACCCAUGUGUAGCAUUAAUCCUGCCUGGUGUGAAGAGAACCUGUCAUCAGCCACCAAAAAUUUCUCUCCAUACUCCACACCUACCCCUCUCCUUACUCAACAUUGAUACUGGCUUUCCACUUAGGGCAAAUGUCGGGUUAGGGUAGGGGUAGGUGGUAGAUCCCCGUUAAAUUUAUACUGAUCCCAUUUGAUCUCCUGUCUUUCUCAUCAGCUGAACUCGUUGGAUAUGUAACGUUAAGACUUCUUAAACCCAUGUGCAGCAUCAAUCGUGCCUGGUGCGAAGAGAACCUACCAUCAGCCACCAAACGAGUUCUGUCCAUACUUCACACUCGUACUGUACCCAAUCCAGCUCUUGGCUCGGCCUCCACAGCCUCAUGUACUGAGCUUCUUACUGCUCCAGGGUUUGCUUUCUGCUUUCCUCUGCUUAGAUGCUUGUUAAGAGAAGGCGGUAAAGCUGUAGACGGAGAUGAAGAUCUGAGAUACCAAACUCUGCAGGUUGUUGCUGAGCACUGUAAACUCCGAGCCUGUGAUGAUGAAGAUGAAGAGGACGAGGAAGAACAAGAUGAGGUAAAUGAACUUUACCAAUGGCGUCAAACGUUCUUGUUACUAAGGCAACAGGGUCCGCCAUGCAUUGCGUGACACUGUGUAAGAGUCAGUUGUGCAAGUCGCCAAAAGAACAUACUUUAGUUCUGUUCUGCUUUAGCCAACAGUGAACGUUACUGCUUAGGUUCCUUCCCUACUUCAGCGUUUUCUUGGCUUUGAAGAUUUUUCAAUGCCUUUAACGAAUGUUUUCCUUGUGACUAGUGCUGUCUCUGUGACGAGUGUUGUUCCUGUGACGAAUGUUGUUUCAGUAACGAGAGUUGUCUCUUCAUUUUGUUUUUACCGAGUACCCGAUGCCCUGUUUUGUUUUCCUUCCUUAAAACGAGUGCCUCCUAUGCUCCUUUAAAGUUCGCAGUAAUGUUUUCUGAAAAGAGGUAACGUUAUCGAUUGGAUAGAGGGUGGGAGAUCUGUGGAAGUACCAUAUGCCUUGCUGUCCUGCUAUAACCAUUGGAUAGCGUUUUUAUAUGUAGAAUUAAGUCCUAAAAUAGCGAAUUGGCCUGUCCUAUCUUAUUGAGAUGAACCAGUGUGAAAAAAUUUGCCUAUAAGGACUGUUGACAAAAGUCUUUUAAGUGGAAAAUGCUAAAGUAAGUCAUUGGAUUAAGAAACAGUUUCACAUUUCACCAGUUUAUGUAGAAUUACAAAACUAUUAGUCUGUCAAGCUUCUUGUGACUGUACAUGAUAAUUUUUUGCUCUUUUUCAGAGUGAUCCAGCUUUGUUACCAAGGAAAGAAAUGUUUUCUCUGUUUGCAGAGGUUAUUUCCACCAGUCCAGAUACUAUUAAAGGCUCAAGGUUACAGGUAGAUGUUAAAUAAUUAUCAGAUGAGGUUUUUGUGAUAUCCGAAAUAAUCUAGGUCGAGGUAAGUGUUAUUCCGGAUAUCACAAAAACCGAAUCUUAUAAUUUUAUAUAUAUAUAUAUAUAUAUAUAUAUAUAUAUACAUAUACAUUGUUUUGAAAUAAAUAACGACAAAUACACCGUCACAUAGAACCGAUUUGACAUUGCUCUCGAAAAUCAUGCAUUGCGCGCGCAACCUACAGAUUAGUCAGUUAUCUGCUAGCAUAUAACUAACUAAUCAGCAGGUUGCCCUGAUCUCCAAAAUUAAUUGUAGGCCCUUAGCCAACGAGAAGACAGAUAGUGAGUACAAUUAAUAGUAAAUUCGUUUAUUGUAAACGUGAACGAGUUACACGUUAUUGUCAAAGAUCGAAGCUCUGGCAAAAAAAAAACACAGGUAGCAACACAAAGACAAAAAACAACAAUUACAACAAAUAACACACUGGUUCCAAAUGUGCGCAAUAUUUAAAGCACAAUUUAUUCAAGUGUUUCUUACAGUUUUGUCCUAGAAGACAGUGGUCUCUCGUGUAUUUGCGUGGCUUUUAGCUACUGAUAGCUGUUCUGCAAAGCAAGCUUUCUUUACGUCGAUGAAGAUGGAAGUAUGGAGGCGUCUUAAAUGCCUGACAAAUCAAGGAUUAUUUUGUCACUUCUAUUGUAAUGUCUCAGUAUCCCUUAACCGUAGUUGCCGAUCACAUUUUGUAUGUCGUCCUACGUCACGUGACAACCUACUUAGUUUUAUUAAUCGAGUGUCUUUACAGUCUCGUCUAGGAACUUCUCCGAGACGUUAUAGAACGUCCUCAUUUGUUUCUUCGUUUUUUUUACCUGACUAAGGGUUUUUUCUUUUUUCUUUCUUCCUUCAGCAACUUGCAUCUCUUAGCUUGGUAGAACUGUGCAAGGCGGCAAGUGGCGAAGAUGGUUGUACCACAGUAUCACCAGCCGAGAUCUCCGUCCUCUUGCACUCUUUGGAGUCUCCCGCAGCUUCACUGAGAUUCGCCACCUUGCAAGGUCUUCUGGUCCUAACACAUAUUCUAUCUGCUGGGGAUCAUGGGAGUGCACAGACCGCCCAACUAGUAAGACGUCUGUGGGUUGCAAAAUUUGACGUGGAUGACGAAAACUCCAAGUUGGGAGAGAAGUAAGAAAAAAAGAGUUUUUAACUUCGACAUGGAGAGUUUCAACUUCUAAAGUUGAAAAAAUACGAAUGGUCAGUUACGGCUUUUGAAAAUGCACGCAUUUGAUGCGUCCUCCCAAGAGAGGUUUAUCCUCUCUUGAUCCUUGUGAUAAACGGUUUCGAAAGUUACAUAUUUGCAGUAGCAACAUUCGCAAAAAUAUCAAGAGAGUUUAAAAAUAGCGGAAUAUCCACUCUAUCAAUUGAUAUGUCUAGGCCGUCUAGAGAUCCAUAUCGCUCUUUCAAAUCCCAACAUCAAUGUUAGAAUCGUCUCUCAGAGUUAUUGUGUUGCCAUCAUUAGUCUAUCCGUGCUUUGAACUUGACAUUGAACAAGAUGAAAUACGCAAAGUCCUGUUAAUCAAGCAAGAAACUGAAUGAAGCGAAUGAUUUUGCUUCGUUUUGAUAAUUGCUAGUAUUCUGGAGUAAUUCUCAUAGGGGGCGUUUAUUAGAGAGGGGCGUCUAAUACAAUCUUGACAACGUAGAGGGGGCGUUUAUUAGACAAGAGGCGUUUAUUUGGAAGUGGGCGUCUAUUGGGUCAUUUAUGGUAAUUAUUUAUUACAAUUACCUUAAUGGCGAAUAUUUCACCUCAGUUCGUGUCGAAUCAAUCAAAUAGCCGUUCCUACCAGUCACUGACCUGGUCUAAAUAGACCCUAACACGAAGAUAUAGCUCCACAAUGUGGCGUGUAUGUUGGGGAAGGGGAAGUUUCUGCCCCCGUCAACGCCCCCCCCCGUCACACAAGUAGCGUGCUAGCAAGCUCUCCAAGUAUGGCGAGCGAGGUGAACAGCGAGAGAACACGCGCGCGAGCGGCGAAGCUGCGAGGGGCGGAGGGCCUCACACUCGCGUCUCUUUUCGCGUGAGGCUCUCGCGUGAAUUCUCGCGAUUCCCCCACAUGGAGAGUUUGCUUGCAGGCUAUCACACAAACUUCUCUCUACUUUUGCAGAGCUAUAUGUUCCCUCGCGUCUGACAUAUAACAUUCAAACUUGGCAAGUUUACUAAUUUUUAAGGCACGUUUUCCAGCAUUGUUGAUGGUUUUUCGCUGACUGGUCCCCAUCAAAACCUAAAAACAACCUUGGAAGGGUCUACUCGAAAUUAGGUUUUUGAACUUGACAUUGUUAAUCGACUAAUUCUGACCCUAUUUCAGGCUGUGGACGGAGGUGGGUUUCAGUGUUCCAGAACCACUGUGUAGUGCACUUUUGGAGGAUGUUGUACAUGACUUUGAGGUUAUCAGAAAAGCCGCUGCCCCAGCACUCGCUGCCGCAGUCACUGAACACCCGGAUGUAGCUCCAUCCAUUCUGCAACAGCUUGUAGAUCUCUAUGACGUCAAACUUAAGGUGAAUAGUAAUUUUUAUUUCGGGGGAGGGGUAGGAGAAAUGACUUCAUACGUUGGCUACAAAGAGACAUAAUGUUUUCCCCUCCCCUCCCCCACUUUGCAGCUGACCGGUCACUUGGGACAAAACUCCCUUUAGCAUCGCCCUGAGGAAAAAAGGAAAGGAAAAUUAUUGUUGAAAAUGUUCAGUAAAUUUGUUUUUGGGACCUACUAUGUUGCUUCCUCUCCACCAAAGAGUCUUUGUGUCAUGUGACUAGCUAGUUGCAGAGGGUUCAUUCACAUUGGAUCAGGGCGGGGCCAGGGCGAAUGGGAUCAGGGUGUGGUGUAAACAUGUAAACCUGACUAUAAGAUAUGUUUGCUUCCGUUACCCGUGGAGAAUUUGAGGUUGUGAAGUUGACGUGGAAUAGGCGUUAUUAAGUGAAUACGAAUCGUAUUGUCGCUAAGGUAUAUUAUCCGUCUUAGAGAGAGUUGACUGUAUUUGUAUGACAACUUGAUUGCUGGCGACAAGAGGAGCCCGCAAUCGUAAUGUCUAGGUUGUUAUUACACAUGCGUCGCUUGUAUGUAGCCAGCAUUCGUUUAGACUUCCACUAAGAAUGAAUGGAAUGCCCAAAACGCAAUUUGAUCACGCGCGUUUCGACCUUUUACGCCCUGCAAUCUGAUCACUCGUCUUUUGGCCAUCUGUCAAAAACUUACCCAAAUCACAGUGUUGGAGCAUAAGCGUUGGGACCGCCGAUCGUUGUCGCCCGCACUCUGUAAUCUUUGGUUAUUUCUAGUUUUAAUUUUUAAUUUUUAUUGUUUGUUCCCGUGAGAAAGUCUAAGUAUCUUUGAAAGGAAAAUAAAGUUGCAAAUUUGUCUGCAGAUUCCUCCACCCGUCUUUGACAACCUGGGCCGAGUUGUUCCGAAUGACACCGUGGACCUAUCAGACGCCAGGUGUGGAAUUGCACUGGCACUAGGCGAGCUGUCACCUAAACUCUCCGAGGAAGAGGUGAGUGAUUAGAACUAAUACCGAAGCAAACUCUCAAAAUUACUAGCAUUUAAUACCGUAAACUGCCGCUUAUCAGCUCGCCUAUUUGUAAGCCUCCCCCCAGUUAUAGGCACGUUUUUAAGCUUGAUAAAAAGCCAGUAAAUGCCUCCCCCCCCCCAAAAAAAAAAACAACAACAACAACAACAACAACACUGAUAAAGCUUGUCUCGAAGUGUUUUUUUUUCUAUUCCGGUUAUAAGCCCACUCUACUAUAAGCCCCUCCGUGUAUAAGCCUUCCUAAAGUCUCUCACAAAGAUGUGUAAGCCCAGGUCUUUUAAGCGGCAGUUUACGGUUUGUGUUGUAAUUUCUGUCAAAAAGAUGUGGAGGUCCGCAGGGUUUUUCCCACCAAAUUUGAUUACUCGAGUUAGUGGCCAUUUUGAAGUGCGAUAGAGAAAGGUGAAAAACAAAGGUAAAGCAACCAUAUUUUACCUCGAUAACUCGUGACAGUAAUAAUAACCGAUAAACUUGAGGUCGACGGUGCGCUCACCCCCCAACACCCCACCCCCCCCCCACCCCCACCCCACCCCUCUCCAUCAAUGCACCGUUUUAAGGGUAUUUAAAGCUAGUCAAAGCUACACAGAAAGGAGAGAAGUUGAAACAAGGAUGUGGUGUCACCGGUGAUCGAACUCGGGACCUCGUGCACUAAUGGCCGUGCACUAACCAACUGUACCACCCUUGCUCCUAAACUGGGUUAGAGUUGUAUCUAAUUGUGCUAUGGGACUGUUUUGGGGAAGAAAUUUUACCCAGUUUCCGGCGCAACUUUGUAGCAGCCAGUAAAUGAAGCGAUGGUGUCCCAGAACAGUCCCGUGGUGCAGUUCGGAACAACACAGACCCAGUCUCACGCUCGACUUAAAAACAGCCAAUAACAACAAUAUUGUAGACAGAGGUGUUGGAUUUUAUGCUAACCUUGGGGCCGGGGAUGGGGGAAUUGGGCGUGCAAAGAAGCGGAAGACGUUCUCUUAUCCCUCGUCUCCGUCCGUUACGAGAGACUACCCCACAAGCUAAUUGUAUACAUGCGUAUAUCUCUUUCUUCCUUUUGCGAUAUGUCUUGGUCAAGAAAAUGAGUCAGUUAGAGAAGACUGAAAAUCGAUUGGCCACCUGAAAGAUGUCUUUACUUAAAAGUUUUCAGGGAAAUUUGAACGCUGAUUAAGUUAACAAAAGAGCUCAAUGUACGGCUGUAUCAUGCUUAUGGUUUAUGCUACAAGUAAAUUUUCUCUUCUCUUGUUUAGGUUCCACCAUUGUUUGUAUUUUUCGUGCCGACGGGUCUUGGAGAUCGUGAUCUAGAAGUCAGGAAACACAUGUUAAAUGCUGCUCUAAAGGCCGUUAAUGAUCACGGCAAGGUUGGUAAAAUGUUGUCAGUUAAAAGCCCCCAGUGUUUAUUGAAUAAUAGACUAACAUUUGGUUAUACUGUACUUGUAUUAACAUGGGAUAAGACCUCUGGACCCCAGGUAGGUGAGGUAACCCGCUUUGGUAGGGUUACCCGCCUGUCCAUAUAAUCUCUCAUUUUUAUUUGAUCACGUUUACAUGAUAGGUGGGGUGACCCGCCACAUGUUACCUCACCUAUCUGGUGUCUCCCACCUCCAUGUAAACAGGCCCUUACAAUAGCUUAAUGCAAAGGAUGGACGACACGUUCCUUGAGAGUAUCUUACUGGAGAUUGUGAAAGUCUUUGGAUGGAGAAUCAAUUAGUUCUCAAAUUCUCUUGCAGGCAAACAUAUCUCUUCUCUUACCAGUAUUUGAGCAGUUCUUGGACAUGGCACCAGACACUUCUGCGCAUGACACGAUCCGUCAAUCAGUUAUCAUUUUAAUGGGUUGUUUAGCGCGACAUUUGGACAAAGAUGACCCGAAAGUAAGUUCUUUAAUUACUUCAUCAGUUUUACUUCUGCUUCCGUAGGUCUAGCUUUAAUUGGCGUUCAAUAUGUACAACAGCGCCUGACUCAUCCCCAGUCAAUAUUGCGUACUCCACUUGCGAUCCAAAUAGAGAGGACUGGGGACGAGUCAGCAUCAGCGGUAUAUUGGUGCAAGGGUAAUACGGAGUGCCAGCAUUGUGUUAUCCUUUUGCUUUCAGAGUCCUUGUUUUCCUUAAGGACUCUUAAAUUCUCAGGCUUAUCACCUUCAGAGUCAUUUAUGGUAGCACACAAGUGGUGUAUACGUUUGUGUUUGGAUAAAAGGCUAUGGAGCGAUGAUCAAAUGAAACCUCUUUAGCUAUUCUUUUGCAUAGUACCGUUCGUUUUUUAGUUUAGUCCAAAAUAAAGUUUGAGAUUUUUUCCCAUUUUAAUGUUUUUUGCCUUUUUUGAGAGAAAGGAGUUAAAUAGUCCAAGAGGGGCGUCUUGACAAUUUGUUACCCUGCCACCAUAUGGUGACUUCUGAAGUAAUAUGUUUUUUCCUUUAAAACCUAUAUUAUAGGUCAGGCCGAUUGUUGGAAAACUCUUGAAUGCACUAUCGACACCUUCACAACAGGUAAGUCCAUUUACCACUUUAGAAACAAGAAGAGAACCGGAGCGGAAAUACGUCCCGCAAUUGUUUAUGGGAUCGUUACUACUGACGCGCCGGUCAGCUAUUGGUCAAUAUUUUUCCCUGUCCCUAGUAACAAUCCCAGACACCUCUGCGAAAGUAAACUCGGCCCAGUUUCCCUCUCCUAGUGAAUCCAGCAAUUCCUCUAUUCUUGAUAAAGGAGCUUAAGCAACGACGACGCCGACGUGAACGAGAACGGCAAAAAGGCAAUUGGUUUAGAUUGGCAAAGCAAGCCGAACUUUGCACGUACAUCUCGCCUUUUUGUACAUUUCUUUGCCCGUCGUUGCACGACUACAACGUGAAAGUGGCUAAUUUCACGUUUUGUCGAGGACGUGAACACUAGACGACUUUCUUUUUCUUUUCCUGAACUUUGAUACAGUCUUUUAGAAUUCAGCUCCAGAAAAAUUUUCCAACAUUUGACGAAUGAAACCAGGUGGAAUAAGCGCGAAAAAGUUUGAGGCAACGCAACUUCACUUUUUAAGUGACGUUUUCUUAGCCGUCGCCGUCGCCGUCGUUGUUGCUUAAGCUCUCUGUUAUUGAAUAGUCUGUCUCUUCACCGCCUGGGUUACCUAUCCGACUACACUUCAUCAACAGUGUUCUUCAGACCAUAUAUGACUUAACUAUUAAAACUAACAAAAUAAUGGCGUCGACAAGUUAAGUUAGGUGAACUCAGGGUCACUCCGCUGAACUACGCGUAAAACCUACAGUGAGACUUUUGCCAAACCUUACCUAUUGUUUUUGUUGUUUAAACUUAACUUGAAACUUGUUUAGGAACAGCAGCAACUUGUUUAUACGCAGUAAUUUUUUACAAUAUCAAUGUGAUUGUAUUUGAGAGUAUAUGCUCUGUACACGUUCCCCACAAUUGUUUCUUUUUAUGCAUCGGGAAUUGGUCUUUAUUUAUUCCACAGAAAGUAAGUUACUGCGCAGUUAAAAAAUCAUGAAAAAACAGCCAUGUUAUAAUGUGCGCGCGCUAAUCACUCGCGAAAUUAUGCGCAGUAGGGAUGCGCAACGCGAUACUGACGAAUAACUUUAAAACAAUUUGUCUAUAACACAGAAAACUAUAUUUUGUCAGGAUAAACUCGCGCAAGUGCCACAAAGAAAAGAAAAUUGGAAGAAGCAAAAAAGCGCACAUAAGUACAAUUUGGUCCCUACCAUUUUUGGUCUUCUUUCACUCUCUAAAGACACUUAGUUUUUUAAACCGUUCCUCUAAAAGAGAGGUGACUGUUUUUUUAUCCACUAGGUCCAAGAAGCUGUAGCCAACUGUCUUCCUCCGCUUGUGCCAGCAAUCAAGUCCGAAGCGCCAGAAAUGGUGAAGAAUCUUUUAAACCAGGUAAUGGCAACGAAAAUUAGUAUGUAAUAUAUAGAUUUCUUGUCACAAAAGAACUUCUGCCUUGGCUCGCUGCGAAUCUCUGUGUAGGUCAUGAAAGCUCCCAACUUGUAUUUGAUAAGUCAAGGGCUUAAAUCCUGUCCGGCGACUCACCUAUCAGGCCAUGCUAGUGGCAUAAUAAACGUUUUAUCUUUCUUAGUUUCCUGUUUACUUGACUUGGCCAAUAUUGUCCUAAUUGAUCCUUGCAACAUACAAGUUGCCCAGUCGUGUGAAAAAUGUCCGUGCCUUUUCUUCUUUCAGCUCCUUGAGUCCACGGUAUAUGGCGAAAGAAAAGGAGCAGCAUAUGGUCUCUCCGGAUUGGUCAAGGGACUUGGAAUCUUGUACCUCAAACAGUUGAAUAUCAUGUCCACAUUGCAGGAAGCCAUACAGGAUAAAAAGAACUAUCGCCACCGCGAAGGAGCGCUGUUUGCAUAUGAGAUGCUUUGCUCUAUGCUGGGUCGACUCUUUGAACCUUACGUGGUACAUGUGCUACCAAACUUACUGCUUUGUUUUGGUGAUGGGAACCAAUAUGUUAGAGAGGUAAGAGAAGAAGCUUUAAAUUGUUGUUGUAUUUUGAAAACGAGUGCGAGUGUUUCAUUGGGAUUUCCAAACACGCAAAAACUGAAGAAAGCAUAAAGAUCAGAGGUGGGUGGCAAAUCCAUGACGUCCGUGUAUCCAGUUCUCUAAUUAAAAAAAAAAAAAUUGUUUAAGCUCGAUAGCGUGAGGAGUGGUUGCCCAAUCUACCGAGCCAGGGGCUCAUGUAUUAAACGCUCGAGCAUUCCGGAUCGAAUUGGAAUUUAGAAAUGUUGGUUUUUGCGGAGAGGGGAAAACCGGAGUACCCGGAGAAAAUCCUCUCGGAGCAGAGAAGAGAACCAACAACAAACUCAACCCACAUAUGACGUCGAGUCCGGGAAUCGAACCCGGGCCACAUUGGUGGAAGGCGAGUGCUCUCACCACUGCGCCAUCCCUGCUCCCCUAACUGCUCUACCUUAACACGAUGAGAAGAGCUUGUGGAUUGAAUCUUAUGAACUGUUAUUUGCACCAGAGUGCACACAUACGUUGGUGUAAAAAAUAUCAAACACUAGUAGGAGUGCCUGUGCAGAGCAGUAUACGAUUUUGGGGAAACUGUCCGCCUACCCCUCCCCAAUACAAAAUGUUGCCCAUAGUGAGACGUUAGUGUAAACGCUGGGUUGGGGGAGAGGUGGGUGAGCAGUCUGUUAGAAUCUUAUAGAGUGUAGUUACUCGCAUUUCCAGCACCUAUGCAGAUUUAUGGUAACAAAAAAUAAAUGACAACACAAGAAAGGAAUUCGACUCCCAAAGGUUUGGUUUGGUUCACCAACAUGGCCGCUGUUUUAUUGUUUUCGAACACCAAUUUGGCCCCAUGAAGUCACGCAAAUAAGGUCUUUACAGAUCCGGGUUUUUUGGUAGAUAUUGUGGGUAGAGAGCGUAGCGAGGAGAACAGGGGACAAAGGAGAGGGGAGGGAAGAAUUUCACCCUCAGUACUUAUACUCUUAUAGUGAUAUUUUCGGUUCUAAAAGUAACACAUUGAGUUGAGAUUUACAGUGUAUCUGGCCGUGUGAGGUUUGUGUAAAAUUUUGUUUUGCGCUACAUUUAUUUGUCAAUGAUUGUUUACCCAUAUUAUCUUGUUUUUUUUGUUCUCCCCAGGCUACCGAUGACACUGCUCGUGCGGUGAUGAAAAACCUUAGCGCUCAUGGUGUCAAACUUGUUUUACCUUCAUUGUUAGCAGCAUUAGAAGAAGAUUCCUGGAGAACUAAGACUGGUAUGUACCAGCAGCUGUGGUUUGUAUCAAGUGAUAAGUAAAAGAAACUAGACUUUGCUUUGAUUUUGCUCGGUCCCUAUUCAGCUAGUUACGCCGAUAGUGAACAAAUCGUGAACGUUUCUCGUUUUUCCACGCUUAGCAGGGACGGCAUGUUUCAUUUCGUUUGCACCUCGUUUCCCAGCGUUAGACGUGAGGUACAUGUUUUCCUACCCUUUGUCGUUUGGCUCCGGACACACCUUUGUCUUCUAUUUUCUUAUUUGGCUCUAUCUGGUUCAUCGUUUUUUUUUACGCAUGCGCUGAAUGAACUGUACUUGUAGAAAACUGCCAUUACAUUUUUGCGAUUACAUUUCCUAUAGAACUGUUAUAAAUGUUAUCGUUUUAAAAGUCAGUCAGUCAGUAAGACCAUAAUUCUAAAGUUACUUUCGCGAACAAGGAAACAAGCUUAUUAAUCUCUAGAUUACUUAUGUUCCGCAUACACAUUCGUUAAUCUUGGCGGGCUGGAUUCUGCUUUACAGUUUCCCUUGAAGAUGCUUUGUAAUUUGUUACCUUUUCAGGUAGUGUGGAGCUACUCGGUGCUAUGGCUUUCUGCGCUCCGAAGCAGCUUUCCUCGUGUCUUCCCAGUAUCGUACCUCGCUUGUGUGACGUUCUCACAGACUCACACAUGAAGGUACAAAAGGCUGGUGCCCAGGCCCUCAAACAAAUUGGCUCUGUUAUCAGGAACCCAGAGAUUUUAGGUAAACUGAAAACCAACUCGUUUCUAGGCUGUUCUCUUAAUUAGCCGUUUGGUAGUCGUUUUGACCUGUUUGCUCUCUCAGCAGCGGUUUGGGCUGGUGCAAUUCAUUUAAUUUAACGUGCAAAAUGAUCGUUAAAACUUUUUUGGGAAUUUAAUUUUUUUUUAAGUUGUGAUUUGCGAUACUAUAAGAAUCAACUGACAAAGUUGUGUUAUGUAGGUCGUCUUCGGGGGUGUCUUCUGUCAGACGAUUUCUUCUAGUAAUACCCAAAGGUUACAGAGUGCGGGCGACAACGAUCGAAGGUCAAAAAGCUCUUUCUCCAAUGCUGCGCUUUGCGUACGUUUCACGUCGUCAAAACACCCGUGAUCAGAUUACGAGUGAUAGAGAGACCAAACGCACGUGAUCAGCUUGUGUUCUAUGCAUUCCAUUCAUACUAAGUGGGCGUCCACACGAACCUGGAUACAUUCGCACCGUGCGUAAUAGAGUGAUUUUAGUAUGACUUUGAAAUGAAAACGCGCGAACAAAACAGAAACAACAAACGAACGGAAAUAGAGCGAUUUGAUUGGUUUAUCGAACGGAUACAAACGCGCGUGGCUUUUGGAUGGUUAAGCGAACGCUCGGGUGAAUUUUCUAGAAAUCUAUCGAUACUCCGCUUUGACGUCGUACCGCAACUCGAUUGGCCAAUCGAACAAUGCCUUCUCCAUAUUAGGGUUUUCUUUGGCGGGAAAACGAAGAGUCCAUGUUUUGAUCUUUUCAUCCAUUGGCUGAUAAAAAAAAUAACGAAAACUUGCCGAAACCAUUUUUCAAGGUCAUUAGAGAAUCGCUCUAGCAACCUUGAGAUUAGGAUUGCGGGCUCGUCUUGUUGCCCACCCGCAUUUAAUUGCUAUGGUUGAAGGCUGAAGUAAACUUUCUUAUUUUGUUUUUAGCCAUAUCCUCGGUGCUCCUUGAAGCGCUCAUGGAUCCCUCUACCAAGACAGCCCCUUGUUUGCAGGUUCUACUGCAAACUUCUUUUGUCCACUUCAUCGACGCUCCUUCCUUAGCUCUGAUCAUGCCCGUCCUGCAACGCGCGCUCAGCGAACGUUCAACGGAGACCAAGAAAAUGGCGGCUCAGAUCAUUGGUAACAUGUAUUCCCUUACGGACAAAAAGGUAUUAUACACGAGAUGACAGUCAAAACACAAUACCAUAUGAGUUACAUGUGGGGUCCUUGCAGUGACGUGUACAAUUAAGAAAAUUGCGAUCGAGCCUUAUCUAAGAAAACAUUUUUAGCUCGGGACUUGGUCAACCCAUUUCUGAAACAUAAUGUUCUUCUUUUUGUUGUUUGCAGUCUGUAGUAUUUCCAGUUAUUUAUCUUUGAAGUUUUUAUUUAAUCUUGUUUUAGGACCUUGCACCUUAUGUAGGAUCAGUUGUGCCAGGAUUAAAACAGGCCCUGUUGGAUCCAGUACCAGAGGUACAAAAAGAUUUGUUUGUGGAUAUGAUAAUGAUUAUCGUAAUGAUUAUGGUGAUGGUGAUGAUAAUGACGGUCGUGUAUUCUUUUUCAGUCUUAAUUUCUUUGAUGGUGGCGAUGAUGACCUGGUCUUUAUUCUGUUUUUAACUAUAUCGCCUACCGUCAGUGCUCCUUAGUGAUGAUGAUGUUGAUGAUUAUGGUAAUGACUAUAAUGAUGGUGUUGGUGGUGAUGGUCGCAAAGACAUUUGUUUAUCAUUUUUUUAUUGCAUUGUUGGUUCUACAAUGAUAAUGAUAAUGACCAUGAUGAUAUUGAUCGUGUUGGUGAUGAUGAUGAUGAUGUUGAUGAUAAUGAUGAUGGUUGUGGUGGUGGUGGUGGUAGUGGUGAUGUGGUUUAUGUUGCAAAAAACUUGUUAAUCUCAGUUAUCUGUGUCUCCUGUCGUUUGUGACACUGCCCCGUCUUUUCCAUUGCUUUUGUUUUUAUCAGGUCCGUGCAGUCUCCUCUCGCGCCCUCGGUGCUUUGGUCCGCGGUAUGGGUGAGGAGAGCUUUGAAGAUUUAUUACCGUGGUUAAUGGAGACGCUAACAUCAGAAAACAGCAGCGUGGAUCGAUCAGGAGCUGCCCAAGGUAUGUACAUGGUAAAGAAUGUUGUUUCCCUGUGGUAAAAAGAAAUUGAAAGCACCAACUUUGUGCAGUGAAAACAGACAAAGUAAGUCAAAUGAAUCUGCAAUCAGAACCGGAAGUUAAUUCCGGCAGUUCGCGUAAAGUGCCGGAAACGCGUACGAGGCAAAUCUCCGUUUAAUUUCUGAUUGGAUGAAAUAAUGGAGCGAAACUUUUUAGGCGACUACAUCGCGCAGAAACACAAAACUAAAGCAAGUAUAGUUAAUCGAAAGAUGUUCUCUUAUAACUAGAAUAUAUGAAAUCUAACUGGCUUUUGUUUCACUAGGUCUAGGUGAAGUUCUGUGUGCCCUAGGCACAAGCAGGCUGGAAACGCUUAUGCCAGAAGUGAUUUCUACUACAGAACGCACUGAGCUUGCAUCACAUGUCAGAGAAGGCUAUCUGAUGCUCUAUAUCUACCUUCCCUCAACAUUUAAAGAUGAUUUCAUCCCAUGGGUCGGACCUGUGAUACCCUCUGUGCUUAAGGUGAGACUUAUUUACUGUGUGACAAACUUUAAGUUUUCUGGCGGGUUUUCCUUUUUGUAAUAACGAACUUAAGCAAAAAAAAGCUGGCGUCCCGGACGUCAUGAAUAGCGAUGUUCCAUGUCUCACUUGAUGGAACGCUUCUGUCUCACCCAACGAAUCUGAAUACCUUUCUUUUAACUCCUGUUAUGCAAAUUUGUCGAGUCAGAUCACUAAAAGAGAGAAAUUAUCGACUUCUGGUUGCCAUUUGUGACGUCCGGGGCGUCAAGGUUCUCGUUGCCUAAGGCCCCUACUAUCCGUAGACUGCGAGAAAGCUCUCUGUUUCGUGUGGCGAGCGAAGCAAACGACGAGAGAACUCUAGCUUGCGAGAGCAUCCGGUUUUUUCGGAGGAAGAGAAGCGACGACCGGAAAUACGUCUCCGGUUUGCAGGGUAAGAGAACUCGCGAGUGAGUAGCAAACCCACGAGAGGCUGUGGCUUCUUUCUCCGC